AUGCGAACAACUCGAUCAGUGAGCCAGUUGGUUGUUGCCCUUCUGUCUUUGUCACCUGUCGUCUCUGCUUGGUCGUCAUGGCCGAGGUGGCUUCCCGAACUCGACUCGUUAAUUGUUCGCCGGGAUGACUCGUCGUCAUCCUCGCACACUUCCGCUACUCCCACCGGAAAUCCCACGUCCACUCCUACAAAUUCAGGCAAACACACGCCGCCGUCGGCAACAUCCGUAAAUCUCAACACUGGGGGCAUCACCAAAUCCAAAACUGGCUCUGCCACCGAGACUGGAACUCGGUCGGGUGGUUCGGAUAGCGACUCGUCCGAGCCGACACACACCGAGUUCAACCCUGUGGAUCCGGCCGGCAACGUGGUCAUGGUGACACCCGCGCUCACCGACGGCACCCAGCUGUACAAGAUCGACGAGCCCGUGACGUGGGUCUGGAACUACACGAGCCUGCAGGGCACGCCGACGGCCAUCGACGUGCUGGUCAGCUGCUCCGUGGCGACGAGGACGUGGACGCUGACGCAGAACAUGACGUUUGCGACACAGGCGGCCUUCACCUGGGACACGAGCCAGUACGCCGAGAACGAGCUGCUGACGGAGCGUUACACGCUCGUAAUAUACGACGCCGAGAGCAGCAUCAGUGCCCCGCCCGAGGCCGGCUACCUGUCGCCCUUUACGGGCUUCACCUUUGGGAUGUACCAGAAGCGCCCGUACCAAGACCUCGGCGAGUGGAAGUGCGCGACGUGCAGCGGCGCCAUGUCGGGCAUGGACAACCGCGCGGUGGGCGCUGCUAUGGUCAUGAGCAUUGCCACGGUUCUCAGCUUCACGUGGUUUGUUGCGGGCUUUGGAGCACUUCUCUGA